AUGGACGUAUCCAGCGACGACAAGCUCGAAACAUGGAUGUUCGUCUCGCGGAUACAGUACUGGCUCGUGCUCAUCUUUGCAUUUUUAUCGGUGCUGGUGCUGCUCGUAGCCCUGGGCAUCGUCCUCCGCAUCCGUCGCUCCCAUUAUUUCCUCUUCCUGAUGUCAAUCGUCUGCGCAGAUCUGGCGAUGCUGAUCAUCAUCUUACUGGAGCUGCUCUCACAAACGUUAUUCCCGUUGAUGAAAGGCCCAUUGCUAUGCAAAGCGAUGCACUUCUUCUCGAACGUCGCCGCCACGUUCGUCAACUGGACCUGGGUGCUGAUGUUUGUGCAGCGAUUUGCGAUCGUUUUCUUUCCAAUGAAGAGAAUGGAGUCCGGUCUCUUCGGAGUCUUGCACUCUAGCAAAAAGCUGCUGUUGAUCAACUUGAUAUUUUCUUCAGUGACUCAGAGUUGGGCCCUACUCCUCAUCACCGAGAAGGACAUCGAGGGAGGGCUGGUGGUGUGCGAGAGGGAUGAGCGGUGGCUGGAUGAGCGCGGCUUCCAGAUGGUGGCCGUCGGCGAAGCGGUGGCCACCUACGUGCUGCCCUUCUUGGCCACGCUUGCGACCGACAUGGCCGUGUUGACGUGGAACUAUCGAACUUCUGGCUUCUCCCUGAUCACCGUCGAGGGCCUGGCCAAGCGGAAGAGCUCGAAAAAUCAUGCAGAAAGCCUGAAGAUCCAGAGCAGUCGAGGGAUCGAGUCCCAAGAACGACGACGCCAAGCAGCAAUCCGAAGAUGCUUGGGAAUGGCGACGAUUCAGGCUGCCCUUAAUGCUCCUCAUUACACGCUACAAGUGGUGGACGAGAUCUACGGGCUCAGUUCGUCCUACUUCGCAAAAACGUACUUCUAUCUGGACGCCGCUCUUUAUCUUCUCUACCUCUGCCAAUUCCCCAUCGUCAUCCUCUACAUCUGGCAGAUUGAGCGCCAGGCGAAUGGGGGAAAUUCGACGAGGAUGAACGCCUCCCUUGCCCAAUCCACGACGGCACUGUGUCCCUCACCCGGCAACCAUUCCGCCGUGGUCCGAUCGGCGUCUCAUCGUCUCUCAGAUACCCCACAUUCGCCUCAAUCAGUAUCUACAGCAGCCGGAAGGUUCUCAUUCCGUGGCUACUACAAUUUCACCCCGCGCUCAUCCUCUCCCUUUAACAUUUUUUCACCAUCACCGAAUGGGAGCAACAACAAUAACGUGCAAUAUCAGUUG